ACCAACAUGGCCUUAAACAAACUUUUCAAUUCAAGCGAGCAACGAUGGAUAAGUGAAAUCAGCGAUAGACAAACCAGCUUCGGCAUGGAUUCAAUUUUUGGUUCAAGCUGUGAUAGUGAGAAGCGAUGGUGGACACAAGUUAGCAAAAUCCUCGAGAAAGAUCAGGUUAAGACUAACGGUGUCCGUCCUGUUUCGAUCUUUCGUGUGCCUAAAACACUAAGUGCUUUCAAGCCUGAUGCUUACAUGCCUCUGCUCAUGGGCUUGGGUCCAUACCAUCGUUUUCGGCCAGAGCUCUAUGAGAUGGAGAGGUAUAAGCUCGUUGCAGCAACUAAGGUUAGAAGCGAACACUUCCCAACACGAGAAUUCCAAGAACUUGUCGAUACGUUGAAGGAGAAAGAAGACGAAAUCCGAUCUCAUUACCACAUGUACUUGGACUAUGAUGGCAAUAUGCUAUUGUGGUUUAUGACCAUUGAUGGUUUGUUCUUGCUCGAGUUUCUUCAUACCUGCAUCAGCAAAAAAGAUAGACUUUCAUCAUCGUGGUCUAGGAAACCUAACUUGUUCGAGUCUGAAGGAAGUAAAUUUGCUGGCCACUCUAUUCUCCGCGACGUAGUGAUGCUUGAGAAUCAAAUUCCAAUCUUUCUUCUAGGCAAUAUCUUUGACUUCCUCAAUAUAGAUAAAAAUGUGUUGCUUUCUAUGGUGGUGAGUUUUUGUAGUGAAGUUUCUCCAUUCAAAUUGAUCAAAAAGGAUCUCUCAUUAUCAGAAGUUUAUGAGCAUGAUCAUUUGUUGAAACUUCUGUACCAUUUGAUUGUGAUGAAUGUGAAGGUGCCCAAGGAAGCCUGCCCUAUUAAUAUGCCAAGUGGAGCUCUGAGCCCGGAGGAGGAAAUACACCCGAAAGUCAAUUCAGGUUCGCAAAUUCUUUGCUCGCUUUUGAAGGUGUCAUCUAAUCUAAAUAUUCCUUUGGUGAAAAAAAUUACAAAACCCAUUAACAUGAUAGUAAAUUUGCCUUGGGCGACUGCAAAAAGUCUACCUGAGGUGUCUAGACUGGCAACAAACCUCGAAGAAGGCCUUAAAUCUGAAUGUGAUCCUUUGGGAGAGGACAUUAAAAAUCCCAUUGUAGAGGAAAUAAUGAUUCCUUCAGUGUCAGCCCUUUGUAAUGCCGGAGUGGAAUUUUGUCUCUCCAACGGUGAUAUUAGCAUCAUUAAGUUUGACAAGAAGCAGAAGAAGUUUUACCUCCCUCACCUCAAAUUGAAUGUCAAUUCUGAAGUAAUCAUUAGAAAUUUGGUUGCAUUCGAAGCUUCGAUGUCAGACUUCCUUGUUCUUGGACGAUACACUGAGCUAAUGAAUGGGAUAAUUGAUACUGCUGAGGACGCAAAAUUGCUUAAGAAAAAGGGAAUCAUCGAAUAUAGUCUAAAAACUGAUGCUGAGGUUGCCCAUCUCUUUAAUGGGAUGACUAGAUCCAUUCGACCUUCAAAGGUGCCAUAUAUUGAUAUCGCCAUUGAAGAUGUCAACAAGUACUACUAUGGUACAAGGAAGGUUAAGGUAUAUACGUGUAUGAAGAAGUAUGUGUAUGGUUCUUGGCAGAUUCUUACUCUUCUUGCUGCUGUUUUUGUCGUGUUGCUAAUGGGUAUGCAGUCAUUUUGCUCAGUUUAUAGUUGCUCACGCUUUUUUAACGUGAGCAAUGAUCUUGGUAAGUGAUGUACAAUAUCAGUAAGGAGCAAAUCCAUGCUUACUCUCUCUCUCUCUC